UAAUAUGGUCAAUAUUGAUCAAUUAAAAAUCUAGUACUUAUUUCCAGUGAGCUGCCAUCUUUUAAGAUUUCUUGCAGGAAGUGAUGUCAUCAACUCUCAACUUCUAUAACCUUGCCCAUAACAGUAUAGGAAAGUAGCACAAAAUCACUUCUAGACAAGUGAUCAUUAUUUUCCGUGCAAAAAUAUUUUCAGGGCUUGUCAACUUAGAAUAAAAGAAGAGAUUUUCAGAAGGAUUAAAUAAGAUACAAAGUUGAAAAAGAAUAUUUAGCUGGUUUUGUAAUUCUUAUAGCUCCUCACCUAAUACUAUAUGCAAAAUUGAGAGUCGAUGACAUCACUUCCUGUGUGAAAUUUUAAAAGAUGUCAGCUUACUGGAAUUGAGCAUCACAUUUCUAAGUGAUCAAAUUUGACCAUAUCAAAACAUUUUUGCGUGUUUUGCUAAACAUGGCAAGCAUAUAUAUGAUUAUAGCUACCAUAUGAGGAGAGAGAUGGUUUGGCAAGGAAUAUUCCUUUAAGGAGUAUUUAAUAUACAGAAAUGAAUCGAUUGUUGAAAAUCAUGUUGGCAGUGCGCAUGCGCUACAUUGUUUUUGGACUUUUGUUUAUCAUGGUUUUCUGCAGUCUGAAUUAUUCAUUCCCUACCAACUUUGAGAAAGAUUUUAAACUUUUUUAUCAAAAACCUCUCGCAGAACAAGCAAAGAUUGGACAAUCAGAUGUUUUAACACAAGCAAAAUCUUUUAAUCAACAUCAAAAUCAGCACAAAAAUGAUGAAAAAUAUACUGAAAAUAAAAUGCGUAAAAACGAACAGACAUUUUUAGAAAUCAAAACUGCAAGUGAGCCACCACAUAGUGGAAAGUAUGAACAGCCAGAUAAAGUUAAAGGUGAAAGGGAGAAAGAUGGACUAAAUAGUCCAAAGGCAAAGAAAGGUGAAAUUGACAUCGUUCAAGACGAUGGCCAUAAAGUCGGCUCAAGCACCAAACCGAAAAAUGUUUACUUUGCAAAAACGCACAAAGCAGCCAGUACAACAAUUCAGAAUAUUCUUUUCAGGUACGGAGAAAAAUAUAAUCUGACAUUCGCAAUGCCAUGGGAUAUUAACCGGGCUGGAUAUCCAAACCAUUUCACCCCCGAGGUUAUCAUACCACUAGCACAUGGUUAUAAAGAAUAUAACAUUUUCUGUCACCACACUCGAUACCACCAAAGAAUCACCAAUUUUAUGCCACGGGAUACUCUAUACAUAGGGACUGUACGAAGUGUAGAAAGCCAAUUUCUCUCUGGAUAUAUAUAUCAUAAAGUCUACAAUUGCUUCAGAACGGGAAAAGAUAAUAUUACUCAAAUUCUGAAAGUGAUGCUAAAGAAUAAACAUGGGCGACAAUGUGGACCAUGGAAGGUCUCCGCUCAGAGCGAACAAAUUUACGAUUUUGGAUUUGAAAUAAAGGAUAUGCUGAAUGUAACAAUGAUCAAGGAAUAUAUACAGUUUUUAGACAAUGCCUUUGAUUAUAUCUUUGUGGCUGAUUAUUUCUAUGAAAGUUUGGUUUUGCUGGCAGAUAUUCUCAAAGUGCCAUUAGGUGACAUGGUAUAUGUUCGCCUAAAUCAGGUUCAACGAUAUCCAGAAUUAAACAAACAAGACGUUAAGAUGUUAAAAGAGUGGAAUGUUGCUGAUUAUAUGUUAUUUGAUUAUUUCAAUCAAUCUUUUUGGAGACGUGUCGAGAUAUAUGGAACGGAAAAACUAUACCGCAAUGUGGAAACAUUAAAACAACUUCAAAAUACAACCACGUUAAAUUGCACGAAAAAUUCAGUGAAUAGUCAAUGCGAAUUAAUGAAGUUAGCCGAAACAAAAUUUACACAGGAUUUAAAAUUGAAAAUGAUUUUUGAAGAGCGUCUGAAUGCAAAAAUAGCUUCUCAAAUCAAAUUCAAUACUAAAUGGCCAGGUAAAUCAAAUCAAAGAAAUUAUCCUUUUCACUCAAGAGCAUUUAAAGAGCGUUACUUUAAAAACUGUUCGAGAGUCAGGUAUCUAUCGGAAAUAAAGCAAAUCAAGGUUUGAGUACCGUAAUCCAACACCAAAUUCGAA